CUGUGUCUCCAGGGCUGCAGCUGAGAGACAAAAGGAGCAGCAGGACUUCUCAGGGAAUGUAGUUUUGUUAGCUGCGGUCUGCUUUCUCUCCUAGCUCGGCAAACUUCAGGUUAAUAAUGCUUGUAAGCCAGAGGUGAAAGUGGCUCAGCAGAGCAACAUCAGGAAGUCUGGCAGACUGGAAGAGAACAGCUGCCCCCAAGGGCAGCUGCAAAGCGUGAAGGAUGGAGGAAAGUAAGAAUGAGAAGGUGAACCAGGCUCAUGUUCUCUUCGACAGAUUCGUCCAGGCUUCAACCUGCAAGGGAACUCUUAAGGCUUUCCAAGAACUCUGUGACUACCUAGAGCUAAAGCCUAAGGACUACCGUUCUUUCUAUCACAAACUGAAGUCCAAGCUCAAUUACUGGAAAGCCAAAGCCUUAUGGGCCAAAUUGGAUAAAAGAGGCAGCCAUAAGGACUAUAAGAAGGGGAAAGCAUGCGCCAAUACAAAGUGUCUGAUAAUUGGGGCUGGACCCUGUGGCCUUCGUACAGCCAUCGACCUGUCAUUCCUGGGAGCCAAGGUGGUGGUCAUAGAAAAGAGGGAUGCCUUUUCCCGCAAUAAUGUGCUGCAUUUGUGGCCAUUCACCAUACAUGACUUGAGGGGUCUCGGCGCCAAAAAGUUUUAUGGCAAAUUCUGUGCGGGAUCCAUAGACCAUAUCAGUAUCCGUCAGCUCCAGCUUAUCCUUUUGAAGGUUGCCUUGAUCUUGGGAAUAGAGAUCCAUGUCAAUGUGGAAUUUCAGGGGCUUGUUUACCCUCCAGAGGAUCAGGAGAAUGAAAGAAUAGGUUGGCGUGCAUUGGUCCACCCAAAAACCCAUCCGGUAUCUGAGUAUGAAUUUGAAGUAAUCAUUGGAGGGGAUGGCAGGAGGAACACCUUAGAAGGGUUUCGCCGAAAAGAGUUCCGUGGAAAACUAGCAAUUGCUAUCACAGCAAACUUCAUCAAUCGUAACACCACAGCUGAAGCCAAAGUAGAAGAGAUCAGCGGUGUGGCCUUCAUAUUCAAUCAGAAGUUCUUCCAGGAUCUACGAGAAGCCACAGGUAUUGACUUGGAGAACAUUGUCUACUACAAAGAUGAUACACACUACUUUGUCAUGACUGCCAAAAAACAGAGCUUGCUGGAAAAAGGAGUGAUACGGCAUGAUUUUGCCGACACAGAGUUAUUACUCUCACGGGAGAAUGUGGACCAGGAGGCUCUGCUAAAUUAUGCCAGAGAAGCCGCUGACUUCUCAACUAAUCAGCAGCUACCAUCACUGGACUUUGCCAUCAAUCACUAUGGUCAGCCAGAUGUGGCCAUGUUUGACUUCACGUGCAUGUAUGCGUCAGAGAAUGCAGCCCUGGUGCGAGAGCAGAACGGCCACCAGUUACUUGUGGCACUGGUUGGGGACAGUCUUCUAGAGCCAUUUUGGCCAAUGGGAACUGGAAUAGCCAGGGGAUUUUUGGCUGCAAUGGACUCUGCUUGGAUGGUACGAAGUUGGUCACUCGGAGCUAGUCCUUUGGAAGUUCUUGCAGAGAGGGAAAGCAUUUAUAGGCUACUGCCUCAGACCACCCCUGAGAAUGUGAGUAAAAACUUCAGCCAUUACAGCAUUGAUCCUGCCACCCGGUAUCCCAAUAUCAAUGUCAACUUCUUGCGACCACAGCAGGUACGCCAUUUAUAUAACACAGGAGACUUGAAAGACAUUCACCUGGAAAUAGAGAACUUUGUGAACUCCAGGACACCAAAGCUGACUCGGAAUGAGUCUGUAGCUCGCUCUAGUAAAUUGCUUAGUUGGUGCCAGAGGCAGACUGAUGGAUAUGCUGGUGUUAAUGUGACAGAUCUCACGAUGUCAUGGAAAAGUGGCCUAGCUUUAUGUGCCAUUAUCCACAGAUACCGUCCAGACUUAAUAGACUUUGAUUCUUUGGAUGAGCACAACGUGGAGAAGAACAACCAGCUGGCCUUUGACAUUGCUGAAAAAGAGUUUGGAAUAUCUCCCAUUAUGACUGGAAAGGAAAUGGCAUCUGUUGGAGAGCCAGAUAAACUGUCGAUGGUGAUGUACCUCACACAGUUCUAUGAGAUGUUCAAAGACACCAUCCCCUCUAGUGAUAGUCUGGACCUGAAUGCAGAAGAAAAAGCUGCCCUAAUUGCCAGUACCAAAUCGCCUAUCUCUUUUCUCAGUAAACUGGGACAAAGCAUCUCUCGGAAGCGCACUCCAAAGGACAAAAAAGAAAAGGAACUGGAUGGAGCAGGAAAGAGGAGAAAAACCAGCCAAUCGGAGGAUGAGGACAUCCCACGAAGUUACAGAGAAGAAAGGCCCACGCUGGUGAGUGCCCUGACAGAGAGGAGAAUUGAUGCUGCUAUUGGGAAUCAGAACAAAGUCAAGUCUAUGGCAACCCAGCUACUGGCAAAGUUUGAGGAGAAUGCACCAGUGCAGUCCUCAAGCUUACGAAGACAGCAGCCUGUCCUGCCUUAUCAAGAACGUGUUCACAACCAACCAUCCAGCAGACGAGAGCAGGGCCGUCUUGCUCCCAUACCCCAGUGGAAACAGAUGAGGAAUAAGGAACGUUCUCGGACCUGCCCCAAAAAAGUGAUCAUGCUCUCUUCUUCCACUGCACCUUCCUCUCCACCAUAUCCCAGGCAGCAGAGAAACAGGGAACCUGGUGCCGACAGUCCCGGGGAGCAGAGUCCCAGACAGGAAAGGAGAUCUCCUCGUUUAUUUUCUGAUGACCAAGCCCCUGAGAAUGUUGAGCAAAGGGCAUGUCAGCUGGCUGCCCUCCUGGAGUCCAGACCUGCAGUGAGGCAUCAGCCUGAGACUGAACCGUCUCGCCGAUUCUUUGUUGACCAGUGGGAGCUCUCCCUUAGCCUCCGUUCUUCUAAUCGCCCUUCUUCACCUUCAUCUGACUCUCUUCGACAGAAGUAUAUAAAGAUGUACACAGGCGGAGUGAGCUCAUUGGCUGAGCAGAUAGCCAAUCAGCUUCAAAGGAAAGAGCAACCCAAAACCCUUCUAGACAAGAAGGAACUGGGCUCGCUCAAAAAGGAGUUCCCCCAAAACCUGGGAGGCAGCGAUGUCUGUUACUUCUGCCGCAAGCGAGUCUAUGUGAUGGAAAGGCUGAGUGCUGAAGGCAAGUUCUUCCACCGCAGUUGCUUCAAGUGUGAAUACUGUGCAACAACUCUCCGUUUGUCAUCUUAUGCCUAUGAUAUUGAAGAUGGUAAAUUCUACUGUAAACCUCACUACUGUUACCGACUCUCUGGUUAUGCUCAAAGGAAGAGGCCAGCAGUGGGUCCUCUGUCGGGAAAGGACGCCAAAGGACCUCUGCAGGAUACCAUGGCAAGUGACGGAAGUGGACGGGCAAAUACCAUCUCCACCUCAGCAGAGAGGGCCCCAGGUUCUAAUAUAAAUGGGCUGGAGGAGCCCAGCCUUGCUAAGCGUCUGCGUGGCACACCGGAGCGGAUUGAGCUGGAGAACUACCGACUGUCGCUGCAGCGGGAAGAAGAACUGGAAGAGGUUCCUGAAGAGACGCUAGCAGAGCAUAACCUGAGCAGUGUGUUGGACAAAGGAACGGAAGAGGAUGUGCCCAGCAGUAGUUCAGAGUCUGAGAUGGAGGAGGAAGAUGAGGACGAAGAUGAUGAACUGCUGCUGCCUCAGCAACCCCCUUCAGACUUGGGUGGUGUGCCAUGGAAAGAGGCUGUGCGUAUCCAUGCCCUCCUGAAGGGAAAGAGUGAAGAAGAGAUUGAGGCUGAGGAAAAUCAUGAGAUUGAGGACAAAGAAGAGGAGGAGGAGGAGGAAGAUGAAGAGGAGGAAGACGAGGAGUCAAGCGAAGAGGGGGAGUAUUGCCCUUGGGAGAGAGAGCUGCAGCAAGGCCUCUGGCUUCAACAUCUCUCAAAUGAAGAGGACACGGGUACAUUUAAAGCUGGAAACCUUAGACUGCAGCAGAUUGUAAAUCCGGUUGAUCCUCUGGAGAUCCUGGCAGAUGUGCACUGGACUCACAUCCGUGAAAAAGAGGAGGAGGAAAAAAUGGUGCCAACCUCAAAGUCCUCCACCUCCAGAGCAUCCGACCUUCCCUCCGUACGCCAUGAGGCGGUACAGGCGUGGCUGGAGACAGUCCCUGGAGCUCCAUGUGAGGAUAAUGACGGGGAGGACGAGCUGGGCACAGAGCCUGCAGACACAGAAGGGCAGGCAGGUGAAGAGGGAGACACGGGUGCAGAGCUGGAUGACGAUGACAUCCCAUCUGAUGCAGAAGCGGAAUUUCGUUUACAUCAAAGUGGCAUAGAAGAGCCAGAACUAAAAGUCUCUGAAGAUGAAGAUGAUGAAGGAGCAGAAGGUGCUUCUUGCAGUGUGACAGAAGAUCCAUGCAAGCCAUCCAUCCCUAUCCAGUCAUCUAGUGACAGUGUUCUUCCUCUGUCUCCAGUUGAUAGCCCCAAAGCAAAACAAGCAGAGGAUAUAAAAGUUCCCCUGGCUGAAGUACCCCGUGCAAUAAAAUCUCCAGAGGCACGCUUUUUUCCGGAUCCUUUCCUUCUUGAAGAAGGACCAAAGGAUGAAAUUCCCAAAGACAGGAAAGUUAAGAGCCCUUUGGUGCCACCAUCUCCAGUGUUAUCCCAGCCAGUUGCAUCACCAGAAGCCAUUGCACCUACACCGCUAGCAGAGUCUCAACCAGCAGCACCAACGCUAGCUUCGUCCCCAACAUCUGCUCAAAUGCCUAUCUGCUCCCAGCCUUUGCCUUCUGCGGAAACAUCCAUUCCAUCCCCAGUGGAGCCUCCAGUAUGUUUCCAACCUGUUCCAGCCUUAGCGUCAACUCCUUUAGCCAAACUAGUCCUUAGGGGCCAGGAUAGUGAGGUGGAAAAACUGGGGAGCCCUACUACUGCAGAAGAAGCCCUAAAACGGAGUAACCUCGUAGAAGAGUUCUGGAUGAAGAGUGCUGAAAUCCGGAGGAGCUUAGGGCUCACCCCAGUAGACAGAAACAAACGCUCAGAGACAAACUUUACUGUAUCUGCCCUUGAGACAACUCCUCUGAAGACUUUUAAUAAUGAGAAUAUUUCAGGGGAUGAAAGGAUCCAUCUUGUGAAACCCCAGCCUGCCCCAAGAAGACAUGGACUGUCCAAGUUAGAAAAUGAGCAGAUUUCUCUGCUCACUCCAAAAUCUCCAUCAGAAAAAGAGCUAAAGAGUUCCAAUGAAGUAAGGAGAGAUGUAUCCAGCAGUUCUGGACUUGGCCUUCAGGAGAGCUCGUCCAACAUGAGAACUAUGGCUAGCCAGAGCUUCAACACUUCUGAUUCUACCAUGCUCACUCCUCCGUCAAGUCCGCCACCACCACCUCCUCAGGAUGAAGAACCAGCCACUUUGCGUAGAAAGAGGCAUCAAGCAGUCUGGCAGAAUGAGGUUGAAGUCAGAUCACCUCCAACACCAGCAUCAACACCUCCUGCUCCCACACGCCAUGAGCUGACCUCUUCUGCCAAAGAGUCAGCCCGUUCCAAAAAAGACGAUGUGCGGAAGUCUUUUGCAGAGAGUGUGGAUGAGAUUCCAUUUGCUGAUGAUGUAGAAGACACAUAUGAUGACAGGACAGAGGACUCCAGCCUUCAUGAGAAGUUCUUUACACCUCCCACCAGUAGGCCAAGGCCAGAAAAAACAUUUCUUUUGCCCUUGGUCAAAGAAAAUGGUGGCCCACCCUCAAUGGAAGGAGGGGUUAACCAGAAGAAGAGAGUGUUGCCUGAAAUUUCUGCAGAGGCCAAGGAGCUUGCUGAAGAAAGAAUGAGAGCCAGAGAGAAGUCUGUCAAGAGCCAAGCACUGCGUGAUGCCAUGGCUAAACAGUUGUGUAAGAUGAAAGAUAUGGAGAUGGCGGCGGCUGCUGCUGGGGCCACAAGGGCACGAAAGGCGUCUUCUAUGCCCUUGAAGACCAAAGAGUUGUUUUAUGACUCUCCAAAGCAUCUAGCCUUGAAAAUCACAGAGGGACCCACACAAAAGGAUGAUGCUGCUAGUGAGAAGUUCUCCACUCCUGCUGCUGAUAUGGCUGGACCUGAAGGGUCUGUCACCUCUUCAGAAGGCUCCAGUGGGAAGAGUAAGAAAAGAACUUCUCUUUUCUCCCCUCGUAAGAACAAAAAGGAGAAGAAAUCCAAAAAUGACAGCAGGCUUUCUGACAAAUCUAGUGGUGGGACAGAGGAAGCAACGAAGCCUAGGUCGUUAUGGAAGUCUGUUUUCUCUGGGUAUAAGAAAGACAAGAAGAAAAAGGCUGAUGACAAAUCCUGCCCAAGUACUCCCUCAAGUAGUGCCACUGUGGAUUCUGGCAAGCACAAAGCUUCUCCAUUGAUCACAGCUGCAGAUUUGCAGCUCCGUCAACACCUGAGUUUCUCAGAGGACUCCGACCUCUCCAGUGAUGAUAUUCUGGAACGCUCCUCCCAGAAAUCCAAGCGAGAGUCGAUCUAUGUACCACACGCCUUGGCAUUCAAGAGAUCAUAUUCGUCAAAGAGAGCCUACACAGAAGAGGAACUGAAUGCCAAGCUGACCCGGCGAGUGCAGAAAGCUGCCCGUAGGCAAGCCAAGCAGGAAGAGCUAAAGAGGUUACACAGAGCUCAGAUCAUCCAGCGGCAGCUUGAACAAGUGGAAGAGAAGCAGAGGCAACUUGAGGAGAGAGGGGUUGCUGUGGAGAAGGCCCUCCGGGGAGAAGCAGACUAUUGGGGAGAGUCUUAUUACAGUGACCUCAUCGACUUGCAUCUGGGUGUUGAGCCCAAUGCCGGGACACCACGUCGUAGACCUCUCUCCUUCUGCCCUUGCUGUGCCCAUGAAGGCAUGGGUAAGAAGGAUGAUCCCAAGCUGAUGCAGGAGUGGUUCAAGUUGGUGCAGGAGAAGAAUGCCUUGGUUCGCUACGAGUCCGAGCUGAUGAUAUUUGCUCGGGAGCUAGAACUGGAAGACAGGCAGAGUCGAUUGCAGCAGGAACUCCGGGAAAGGAUGGCAGUAGAAGAUCAUCUGAAGACAGAUGAGGAGCUCUCAGAGGAGAAGAGGAUCCUGAAUGAGAUGCUAGAAGUAGUGGAGCAGAGAGAUUCUCUUGUGGCUCUUCUUGAGGAGCAACGGCUUCGAGAAAAAGAAGAAGACAAGGACCUGGAGGCAGUUAUGCUUUCCAAAGGUUUUAGCUUGAACUGGUCCUGAGCUUAACACAUUUACCUCUGCUGGUCUGUGUUGUCCAGUUGGCCUACCCUGAGUUCGCCAGAAUUACAUGGAUAGGAAGAUGUUGAAGGGGAAACCUCCAAAGGGUCCAACGGCAUGCAGGGAUUUGGUUUGAAGCACUCGGAAGCCUUUUGAUAAGUGCGUUCGUUCCAGAAGCUUAAGUUUUACAUGUUUGCAAGCCAAGUUGAAGAUAAAGAGUUGAGACUGUGGAGUCUCCUUGAGGUCCUAUACAAUGGACCAUAUUUGUGCGUGUGUGGUAGGAGGGAGAUGAGUAAUCCAUGUGUGGGGAAGGAGGUUAAGGGAAGAAGUGCCCUUAACUAAACUGGAUUUAUGGCAUUCCAUUCCUUUCCCGGUUUUACUACAUCAGUUCUAAUAGAAAGGAGGGAAGUGGUAACCCUCUCUGGAAAACCACAGCAGCCUGUAGCAGCCUGUAUGGUGGAGUCAGCUGUCCAAGAGAGCUCCAGAAGCCCAGGGCGACACCUUCUUUGCUUUAGUCUUCCUCCCCACCAAAGAAACAUGCAGUUGAUCAUUAUGCAUGGAUAUGAAGAAAUAUGAGACAGAGAAGAUACUACUAGUAUGUGUGAUGGAACUCUCUGCCUCCUGGUUUUUAGAGAGAGGUGGGCAUCAGAGGACACUCUCCCUAUCAUAGCCUCCUAAAUCUUCAUGUGAGGAAAAAAGGGGAGAAGAAGAGAGAGGGAAGAUGCCCUCUGCUUUGCUACACACUGGAGAGACAGCUACUGCUCUGCUGGCCUUAGUCUUCACGGCCACGGCUCAGAGGCUGGUGGGCUUCCUUGUACUGUUUUGACACUGGAAAAUACUGACUGUGGGACAGUGGUAAGUGUGUGCUGGGGCGGGGGUGUUACCAGGUGGCAUUCCCUGGCUGUUAGGCCCCUAAAAAGGAGAAGCCCUGAAGUGACCGAACCACCAUUAAGACUUUUCAGUGUUUUAUUUUUUUUCCUCUGUAUUUUGUUUUUGCACAUUGGAAACGAAGCUUAAGACCUGACUGGGCCCUCAGUCACUUUGACCCUUUUAUGUCAAUUAACUUAUUUUUUUAAUACUUGAAAGAAGAUUCAUUUUUGUAUCUUUAGGAAAAAAAUGGACAAGUCAAGUGAUGGGUGUGUGUGCUUGCUGCAUCCUACAACUUCCACUUCUAAAUUACUGGACAUUGUUACCUGUGGCUAUUUAUUAGUGUUCUUAUUAAUAAUUCAAUUGUUACACAUAUUUGAUUAUGGAGGAAUUGUUCUGACUCUGUUAGAGAAAGACACUACUGCAGAUUAGUCCCUGCUUCACAGCAAGGGCAACCUUUACUUACCCAUGGAUGCAUCCUGCGUGAGGAGUUUUCCUUUAUGGCAAAAUUCUGAGCACUCACGAAGUUGUAAGAAUCUAUUUGUGUUCCUAGCAUACUUUUCUUCUGCAUCCCAGAUACCCUCUGUUGGACUAAUAAACCUAUAAUUUAUUUAAAUUUUACAUUUUUAUAACAAGCAAGCCAAAACUGUGAGGUAGAAAUAUCCCAUGUCUCUCUUUCUCGUGGAAAGAGGGAACCCUCACACUCCUGAGAUACAGCUAGAGGGACUUCCAUGAAAACAAAAAUAGCACAUUUCCUGCUGCAUCUGUUGGAAGAAGCUCCUUUUGGCUCAGCUAGUGAAGCUGCUGCUUUUCAGCCAGGAGAGUACUCAUUGUAAUUGUACGUUAACCAGUGAGCAGGAUAUGCAUGAGCGGUUCAGCACCAUUCACUGUUUGACGGAUUCCCUGAACACACUAUGUCCGUAACUUGUCCGGCAGAGCUGAAAUAGCACUGUGCAUUGGGUGUGCAUCCCAUUCUUAAUGGGAUGUGUUAAGAGGUUUUCCCCCCUUGGGAUGCUGACCGUGUUCUUGUUAAAGAAGUACUAAGCCUCCUCCUCAAUGUCUUUGAGAAUGCGUCCCAUUCCCAAGCAUACUCAUACAGCAUACUGACUCUCAGCUUGAAUUACGCUGUUGGAGCGUAUCACCCAAGCAGGGCUGAGCAUCCUUUAAUUUUUUUGCCCCAGGACAGAAGUUAGCAUGGUUUCUUGCUACCUUCUUCAAAGAGGUUAUCUGUAAGCCAGGGUCUACGAUUUGAAUUCACCUCUGGCUCAGGAGCAUACCUGGGCUGAGGAAGAGUGGGUAGGACUGUCCCCAGAGGCUCUGAGUGGUGCUGGUGAACUGUGGAAACAUGUUUUUUCCGCCUCGGGUGUUUCCCCUUUAUCCCCUGCUAAGGCAUUACAACUUAAAUCCAGAUGAUCACGAAACCAAGUCGACAGGCAGCUGCAGUGCUACUUCAUAACUGCGCGUGUUAGCAAGUGGUACCUGCUACACCAACCUCGCAGGGCGAGGGCUUACCAACAGGAUGUCCGGCAAACAGAAACCCCCCGUUUGCCAGUGCGGGGGCCAGCUGCACGAGUUGAACGGGCAACAGCAGUUUGCACAGUCUGCAUUUGAGGGGCCAGUGGAAGCUGGAGAGGAGGAGGGGAGACGGGGAAGCUAGAUACAUCGUGUUGAACUGCCUUGUGCAGAGAAUCGGCCUCAGUCCAUUUUAUAGUGCGCUAGGUAUACGGACCACAUCAAACUUCACAAAAUAUCAUUGAAUGUGAGCUGUAGAACAGAAAGAAAUCCUGAAGAAGAAAUACCAGAUUACUACUUUCCCUUUCAUGCUGGGGGAUGCUGGCCCAAUCUUUGCUAUGCCGAAGAGUGGUAUCACUUGAGGGUGUAAUGCCCUACUGCACAGGAAAACCACGUAUUCUAAACGUGAACUCUUUGGGUUAUGCUGAAGGCCUCCAGCAAUGAGAGUGAAAAUGAAGAGCUAACAUCGCACACGCAAAUUAUUUGAAGAUAUGCGAAAGGGAAUGUUAAAAGGCCUUUUUAUAUCAAAAUGGUUGUAAAAGGCACAACUUGUAUUUGCUGUUCAGUUGCACUUUAAGAAUAUGACUUGCAUAUCAGAUACUGGGUUUUUUUACUAUCUGAGUAUUUUUAAUUCAAAUUUUGUAUUUUUAAAGCUGAAGAAGGUUCUUGUGACCACAAGAUUCCUUAUUUGUAUCAGAAUCCAAGUAGGAUGUUCUAGCUCUUUGUGCUGCCCAGGUGGGUAGCAGCACAUGACUUGGCCAUGUGCAUUCAAUGACGUGUGUCCAUUUUGCGUAUGAGGGGAGCAAAAAGGCCCUCAGCUUCCAAGAAGUGGGCACCAAGGGCACCUGUCCCCAUGUGACACGGUCCGUACCAGGGGCUGGCCGCUUCCUCGCUGCACUAGGUAGGAGGAGAGCCGAGCUUAGAACCUAACCUGUGCUCGUUUUGAAACGGGCACACUGAGGAUGAGGCGAGCCCUUCAGUCCCCGGCAGGGAAGGGAGGGGGACCACCUCCUGGAAACACCCGGGAGGCAAAUGGGGAUGAGGGAGUGAGGACCGUCAAAAACAACUAACCUGCUGUUUUCACAGUACAAUUUUUUUUUUUAAGUGUUCUGUUCCUUUUAACCAUGUUUUCAUUAGAACUCACAAAUGGCUGUAAAAUCCUGAGCUUCAAAGAAUUAAUGUGUGCGGAGGUGACAAGAUGUUUCAGCUCCGACUUCCAUACAUAUUCCUUCUUUCAGUUAACCAAUGCCCCAUGGUCUCGCUAGGGCAUGUUACAAACUGCGUUGCUGAACAUACUUUAGAGCAAACCGCAAGUUUUAAAAGUCAGUCCUUUUCUCUAUCAGUCUCUGCAUUUUAUGUAAAUAUUUGUUUGUAUGUAAAGACACCAGUGGAUCCUUGGGUUACCCCCACAGUCAAGAAUCUGAGUUUUGUGCAAUGCCUAGGCCUCUCUUAGAACACGGUGCUUGCAUAGAGCUAGUCACCACAUUUGUGUGCGCUCUGGUGGUUUUUAGUAUUUUUAUACAUCCUAAUCCUGAACAUUAUUAAUUAUUAUAAGUGGUCUAGACUGCAUGAUCUAGAGCAGCCAGCAGUUCCAUUUUCUUUCCAGCUGUUCCUAAAAUGUUCACAGCUACACCUUGUUUAGUUAACGUUCUUUUCAAAUGAGUUUUCAAUUAAGUGUUUACACCACACACCAGUGGAUGAGAAAGGUGUUGCAUUAUAAAAUCUCCUGUAUACAAACUGAAAAGCCACAGUAUGGCUUUAUGGGAAUUUCAGUCAUCACCAUCUGCAAUAAAGAGAACUCUAAAGCAUACUAAAAACCAGCCUGUACAUAGUUCACAGAGAAAGAGGUUGCUGGGUCUCGACCGUUGCAAAAUAACAGAGAUUAAAAGCUCUCCAGAAGUUCCUGCUUUUGGAUUGCGGGGAGUACUGCUAUAGGCAGGGUAGCCAGGUAGAUGAGGAUGUUGCUGAAAGCAGAUGUGAAGGGGAAAAUGCCAUGUUCUGAUGGCAUUGCAGUAAUUUAAAUACUCUGUAUCUGUGCGUGCAUGCGUGUGUGUGUGGUCUAAUCCAGGUGAAGGGAUGUUCCCUUUAGUACAGAAGUGAACUCUGAUAUUCAGAUUGUUCGAGGCUUUUACAGUUGGCAUGUAUGGAGUGUUAACAGAAAAGCGUAUACCCGACCUGUAAAAAACCCCAAUCUGUUCCAGCCUGUUUUCUUCUGUUUGGGUGUGUUUUAUUGUUUGUUUUUAUGCACAACUGCUUUGUUGGUGUUGAGUUUAGCACCUCAGAUGGCCAACUGAACUAAAAAAAGAAAAAAAUAAAGUCAUUAUUUUUUCUUUU